AUGUCUUCCAAGAAAUCCCGUGCUCAGUCUUCCUCUGUUCCAAUUCCUCCAGAUUAUAUUACUGGGAUUGGAAUUGACAACCACGCGAUAGAGGUUAGGAGCAAGCUCCAUCCUUUUGCCCAGAAAAACCUAGAUGAGAAUGUCCUCCAUUUGUUCGAGAAUACCUUGGUGCUGGGGCCUCACUGGUUUGGUCCUGUUCCUCAUGAGAUGGCAGAACUGAUGAAGAAAGAUGCUGAGGCUCCUUUAUGUUUUGAGAGCACUUCUGCUCUGGCUUCUCAUUCUUGGGUCAGCAAGAAUUUGAGCCGGUCUUUCCCAUCUAGCGAGGUGAGAAACAGUUCAGUGAAAUGGGUAGAUUGGAUUGACAGACUCCUUCCAAGAUAUGGACCUCACUAG